UAUAUAUUUAUUCGAACCGGAACAUUCUAGCAUUUGCUUUCUUGCUGUUUCUUAUACGAACCGCUGCCACAGUCCAUAACAGUGAGAUAAGUUGAUGUGUUGUUUUGAUACUAAUACGUAGUUCCAUUUAUAAGUGUUGGUACAGUGAACAGUAAUCGAACAGCGAACAGAUCCAUUUUUUUUUUCUGUCGUUCAUUGUGAAAUUCGGUAGAUCGUUUUGGUUUCAAUCUCAAAUAGCAAUACAUUUUUCAGGGGAAAAAAUGUCUUUAAAUACAGCUCAUGCCAAUAAUGGCGUUUUAAUUCAUGCUGGAGAAGCAAUUUUGCUAUUCAGUGAAAAUGUAAACAUGGAAUUUUCCGGUCAAGAUGGGCCAGCAUUCAAAGGCACCAAACAUGGCUCAAUCUACUUGACCACACAUCGUUUGAUUUUUAAUGCCAAGAAAUUUGAAGAUGCCAUGAAAUCAUUCAGUUUUCCAUUCAUCUGCUUGAAUGAUGUUGAGGUAGAGCAGCCAUUGUUCGGAGCGAAUUACAUUCGUGGAAAAGUACGUGCACAACCUGAUGGCAACUUUGUCGGCGAAGCUAAAUUCAAGAUGACUUUUAAAUCGGGUGGCUGCAUUGAGUUUGCACAGGCAGCCCUUCGAGCUGCCCAUAUGGCGCAACAGAAUGCUCACGGUGCUGAGCCACCACCAUACUCACCACCUUCAGGUGAUUGGCAUCAAGCUCCACCGCCUGCAUACACACCAACACCAGGAUACUAUGGAUGGCUGCCGCAUACGGUUUUCCCCAAUCAACCAGACCCAUCGCAAGUCUACAUGCACGAUAGUCCACCACCUUAUCCUGGAAUCGUGCCGAACAAUCCACCACCAAGUUAUGGUAACUAUGGUCAAGCACAACCCGGCUAUCAACAACCCGGUCAUCAGGCCCAAGGCUAUCCACAACCAGGAGGCUAUCCAAGUUAUCCACAAUCCGGAGGCUAUGGUCAACCAAAUUCAGGCAAUGCCGGUUAUCCAUCGGAGGGAGGUUAUCCGCAAUCAAACCCGUAUCCAAGCCCUUAUCCAAACGCAGGUGGGUAUCCGCCGCAAUCAAAUAACACGUAUCCACAAGUGCCAAAUGCGACGCCUUAUGGUAAUCCAGCACCAAGUUAUCCACAAGGCGGUUGGUCACAACCAAAUCAGACUCCCAGUUAUCCAGGCUAUCCUCCAGCUGGUGGAGCUGCUGCUGGUGGCUAUGCACCACCACCAAAUUCGAAAGAGGCAGAAGCAGCACAGUCAUCAUACAAUCCGGUUCAACCAAAUGCUCCAUACGCUCCACCACCAGGCUACAAUGAUCCACCACCAAGCUACGGUUCGUUGAGCGACAAAGAGCGAAAAAAACAAUAAAAUACCAAUCAUCGAUUUUUGAAUGAAUAAAUUGCCUCACAAUCAAACACGACACUUCAAACUUAUGAUUGUUUCAAAUACACACCUCGGAAAACUGAAGCUAAAACAUUUACAUUUUUUUUUAAAUGAAUUUAUGAAUUUUCUAUUAAAAAAAUAAAUAAAUAAAUUAUAGUAUUACAUACAACGGUGGCGAAAAAUAUUUCGCUAAAAAAAAUUCGGCCCAGAGGCCUUACAAUCAAACUUUAAUCGAACAUAAAUUUGUUCCUUACAGUUUGAUCUGAUGAACACAUUUUUACAACUAAAUCAUUCACAUUGUUUAUUUAAGAUAUAAAAUGAAAUGAGAUCUAUGUUCACACUAUGAUUGUUAGAUUUUAGUUCUUUAUUGUAUCCCGCAGAAAUAACUACAAGAGAAAAAAAAAUACACAUAAAAGUUCAGGUGAAUGCAACUAUUGUUAACAGUGAGAUUGAAUUGCGGUGCACGUUUCAAUGAUGUCUGUCGUAUGUCGAAUUUUGAAUGAGUUUAACCAAAGGAAUCACCAUUCCAAGCACUAAAACAAUUGUAUAAAAAUAUAAUUUAAACAUAUUUAGAAGAAAUAAAAUCCAUGUAAUCCUCACUUAUUCGUACUAAUCCCCUUUCUGUUUAAAUUAAAUUUCAAAACAACAAAAUAAUCCAAAUUUUAUCGUCGUUAUAAUGAUUCUUUGUACUUUAAAUAAUAAUUGCAAUAAAUGUUAUAUACAAAAGAACAACGAA